CCUGGCUCUGCCUCCAAAUAUGGAAGUGGGAAAACAUGCUCAAACUAGUCUUAAAGGUGAAACACAACAAAAACAACAACAAAAAACCAGGAUAUGCUGGAAAGGGUCAUGAGCCACAACUCUUCUGCCUAGUCAGCACGACUGGUAUGGGUAAUGGUGUGAAGGAAGGUCAAGUGGGUUUAAAACAGAAUGGCGUGGAGCCAAUUGUACCCACCCAUGUUCUAUCUGAGGGGAGCCCGGAGAAAAGGAAAGUGACCCACUCCCUGAUGUCUGGUGCAUUGGCUGGUGCUGUUGCAAAAACAGCAGUAGCGCCGCUGGAUAGGACGAAAAUCAUAUUUCAAGUGUCUGCAAAAAGAUUUUCUGCCAAGGAAGCCUAUAGGCUGAUCUACCGCACCUACCUCACUGAGGGCUUCUUGAGCCUGUGGCGCGGGAACUCGGCCACGAUGGUCCGGGUGAUCCCUUACGCUGCCAUCCAGUUCUGUGCGCACGAAGAGUACAAGCAACUCCUGGGAAGCUACUACGGCUUUCAUGGAAAAACAUUGACUCCUUUACCCAGAUUCAUUGCUGGUUCGCUGGCAGGUACAACAGCUGCCAUGUUAACCUACCCCUUGGACCUGGUGCGAGCUCGAAUGGCUGUCACGCCGAAGGAGAUGUACAGCAACAUCCUCCACGUCUUCGUCCGAAUCUCCCGGGAGGAGGGGCUGAAGACCUUGUACAGGGGCUUUGCACCCACUAUCCUUGGGGUCAUCCCGUACGCCGGACUUAGCUUCUUCACCUACGAGUCGCUGAAGAAACUGCAUGCAGAUCAGAGUGGGAGAGCGCAGCCAUACCCCCUGGAACGUCUUGCAUUUGGUGCCUGCGCAGGCUUGAUCGGCCAGUCGGCCUCCUACCCUCUGGAUGUGGUGCGUCGGCGAAUGCAGACGGCUGGGGUCACGGGACACGUGUACGGUUCCAUCCUGCCCACCAUGCAAGAGAUUAUAAGAGAAGAGGGACUAAUCCGAGGCUUGUACAAAGGACUCAGCAUGAACUGGGUCAAAGGCCCAAUCGCAGUGGGAAUAAGUUUCACGACCUUUGACCUUACCCAGAUCCUUCUCCGUAAAUUACAGUUCAGCACUAAUAUUGAAAGGUAGUGGCGUCCUUCCCAAGUGUAACAGGGGAGAAGUACAGUGGAAGUGUGUGUGUCUAACAAACCCUAGCAUUGUCCCGUUCUGUUAGUGCUGCCCCCACGGCUGAGACUUUACUUUCUGUUUUUCUUUUUUCUUUUUAACAAGCCUCCGAGUUAUCGCCAAACCCAGACAUGCAACUAACCUUCUCCCCAUGGUUCUCGGUGACAGCGGAGCUGCCUUCUCUAGGGUAGCUGCCUCCUUGUCUCUAACUCUUUGAUACACUCUAAGCUAUUGCUGCCUUCUCUCCUGCGCUCAGUGGGUUGAUGAGGUGGUGUGGAUUAUAGAAGAGGGGCUGCCAUGCUGCCUGGAUGGAGCUGGAAAUCUGGGAGGUGAAAGGUGUUCCUGCCAGGCAGUUCUUAGUAACUACACAAUGGUAAGCACCCUGGCAAGCAGUAUUUCAGUUUGUCUGCAAUGAACUGCACACAUGAGUUGAGAGGGUUAAUCACCUUUGAAAUGAAACAUCCAGGAUUUAAGUUUUUUAUUUUAAAACCAUUUUUACUCCAAAAUUUGGAGGUAAGCUCUGGCAGGAAGUGUGGAAAUGUUCCUCCCUUCAGAUAUCACUCGUUCUGGUUUUACUUUGUGUUCAGCAAAACAUCCCGCCUCAGCAAUGCCCCUCUCUAAAAUCAGCAAAGACUGAGAGUUAGGAGAUCAGCGUUCAAUCUGGAAUUCCUGUGCCUGCGGUCGUAAACUGGAUUCACUCGAAGCAGUAUUGCUUUCAGGCUACUUUAAAAACCUCUCUAUCCGGAGUUGUUGUAUUUUUAAAAGCAGCAUUUUCAGAAGGAUUUAGCAGCUUGCAGUAUUAAGACUGGAGAUUAAGAGGGGGGAGUGUUACAUGCUCAAAGUUUUAACCAAUAGCUUUCAUUACUGUGGUUGCUGCUUAAACUGCAAUGUGAGAAUAAACUCUGCGGGGGGCCCACCUAUCAAUAACCUUUCAAGGUGGCUGUUUUGAAUGGGCUCAACCUCCUCUUUAUCUAAAGCUGCUGGCCCUGCUUUGGAGCACCCUUGGUGUGCACACGCUCUGUAGAUCAGGUCACCUCAGCUGAUUAACUUUGAUUCCAGUAGCUUAUUCUUAGAAUUAUUCUGGACCAACUUGGCUCGUAGAAAAUAGACCCAGUUUGCCAAGAGUCACGUAAUUGUCACCCACUGGGGAUCGUGACAGCUGCGCCAGUCCUUCCCAGCUGCAAGUAUGAAAUGAACCCCAAGGCACCUCUUUGAGUGUGGCAGGUCAAUGGGAACCAGAGCUGGAGCACCAGACAGGUGGAAGAAUUGUCCAGCCUUCUCGAAUGACCCCAAUGUCUCCCCGCUCCCCGGCAGUAUACCUUUCUGCUGCUUGUGGGGAGCAGAGGGUGUAAAUAGGUUGUAGUUAAAAUCUGCCCCUUCCUGACAGAUGUUCAUUAUUGCUCAAACCUUGUAUUGAGUUCAUUCGCCAGAAUGAAAAUAAUUGCAAUUGGUAAAAUUAAACCCCUCUUUUCUUUAGUCUUUGCACUCUCUCUUUGGAGCAGAACCUGCCUCUAAUGCCAGAUAUCUUCCUAGUGAUUGAUUAAUGAGAAGCACCUACUCUGGCCCUGGGUUCUUUAUCCUCCUGUGGGAUUGACCAGAGAGUCUAGAUCCUGGAGUAUUGGUGUGCACGUUCUUCUGCUCGAAAGUGUAGUGUCAGUAUUGUGCUACCAGCAGGCGCACAGAUAGACACCUCACAGAGGUUAUGUCCUGACACUUCUGGCUUAAAGGCGAUAUCCAGUGUAAACUCAGUCUGGUCACGUCGGCUAAGUACAAAGUAAUUGAAUUUUAAAAAGAUUUUUAAGAAACUGGAAACUCUUGUGACAGAUGAUACAAACGAGCCUAAAAGAACAGCCCUCGCCAUUGGUGGGAGGCGAGUCCAGCCAGCGUCAGGUGAGCGAAGUUCUUUAUGUUGGUGGCAGGCACCUUUGCACGAACUCUGACGCUUUCCUUUCCCCAGUGGAAAAGCUGGUUACUUCUCGGUCUUUCUCCCCAUUAUUGGAUGGGGCUUUGGGGGAGGGGAAGGGGAGGGUGUGUCAAGAUGGCAGCAUGACGCCCUGAAUGGAGAUCCCAGAGCAGUGGCACUUCUAACCGCUGUCAGGCUCUCCAUGUGCGGAGACUUCCUGUGCGGCGGGUGCGCCCUGGCAGAGGGUGCGCGAGAGGAGACUCCCUUGUCUGCACCGUGGUCAGGGUUAGAUGGCAUCCUGCUGGGCGGUGACGUGACCACUAGAGGGAGUCGCCCAACUUGGCAGAUAGCGAAUCAGCUGCACCUGCCGUUUGAAGACGGACUCUCAUUUAGGGGCCUGAUCCUAUGUCCUGAACCCCCUCAGCCCACCCCUGCAGUCAGAAAUGGAACCGAGUCCUUCUGAGACAUCUUCCCUGAGACAUCUCCUCCCCCCACCCCAUUGUAUUAAAUGUGAGCACUGGUCUGAAGAGAGACUGGCACCAGAAGUCCUGACGGGCUGCAGCCUUCAGCCACAUAGCUCCUGGGGGUGCCCACUAGGAUAGGAGUGAGAACAGUGCAAGGGUGGUGAGAGCUGCCUGUCUAGAAGCCUGGGGUGUCUGUACCAAAAGGAGACUCAAGGGCAGUGCCAGUGUGGAAGUGCUGGACCCAGAGGGGUGAAGAGGGGUUUUUUGUUGUUGGCACGGCAGCUAAUUUAAAAACCUCUUUUAGCCAAACUUUUUCCCCGACUGUGUUUCGUCCAGACGCAGACCUGAUUUCAGUCUAACCGUGUUAGCAGUGGGCUUUGGUUUCUUGAACAAUAGGGUUCUUAAAAUAACUGUGUGUUGUGUAUGUUUUAAACAGCUGGUUUUCCCCCUGUUGGAUGUACAAGGGGGGAACCCAAAGCGCUUAAUUCUUUUAUUUUCUUGCACGAAUUAAAACUUGUUCCAAAUCUGCUGCCUGAAAUGCAGGACCCUGAAGCUUCUGUAGUGUGCUGGGUAGCAGGGGACGGUGCCACGGUGUGUAAUGGAAUGACCUUCCUUCUGGCCCAGGAAUCUCCCAUGAGUCUGUUCUGUAUCCCUCAGAAAGGAGACCAGUCCCAUGUACAUCUUUUCUUUCUCCCCUCCUGUUUCUGUGGAAUUGUUGACCAUCUGACCCCAAAUUGUGUGACUCUCUUUAAAACUAGACUAGUUAGCAGUCAAACACUGUUCAUUUGCGUUUCCUUCCUUCCGCUCCCCUCUACCAUAGUCGAGCGCCCUGGGUCCACCACUGGCUGUUUGGGGAAGGCAGGUCUGAUGGAGAAUAUAUAACUGGCACAAGUGCAGGUUUGAUGCUGGUUCCCAGGACAGUCCAGCAUCGGAACCCUCCUUGUCGAAUGCCGUGGGGAGAGGUCUCAUUUCUAAUGAGGAUUAGUUACCAGGGACGCGUGUUCCUUUGGAAAGUCCUUGAGUAUCGUUUGUCCAGUGUGAUUCCUUCCCCUUCCCCCGCUGGAUAUGAAAUGGCAGCUCCUCCCAGGGCCUGGGCCCACUCUUUGGCUGUGUGAACUGGUUGUUGCCUGGGUGGAGAACACUGGGGAGCUGGCUCUUUUCAGAGAGUCCUGAGGGGCCAGGUAAGGGGCACUAGUGUGGGAAGCUGGGGAGGCUUUCCAGCAGUGGGGCAAGGCAGAACUUAUCCAUUUGGUGCAGACCCCUUGCUGCCACUGGGAGUCCUCACUGAUCCCUGGACACAUGCCCCAAGCAGUCUUCUCCGGGAACACAUGGCCGCAGGGCCUGAGAGUGCCGAGCCAGGCCAGCAGCAACCAAGGUGGAAGGCAGAUGUCUGCGUGCAGAGGACUCUGGUGGGGAAAGGGGAAUGCUGAAGUGCCUUGGCACUUGUAAAAGUUCACCAUCAGUGGAAGUCAUGAGGGUGACAGUCCCUGCAAAGCAGGCAGUGGAGUGGGAAUAUCCAUUGAUACUUACAUGGUAAGUUUUAGAAGCCCAGUCUAGCAGCUGGUCUGAGGAAAUGAUGGUACGUUUAACUUCACCUGACAGCCGUCGGCCUGGCAGUGCUUAAGUAUUACAGGUCUUGCACUGUGGUUGCUUUAACACAGAAGCAGUCAGUGCAUUUCGGAAGAAACUUUUUUAACAAGAAGUGCGUGAUAAAUGGACUUUGCAGGGUAGCACCAAUCUGAGAAGUCUGUGGCAUCCGGCAUCGGUGGGUACAGCAUUGGUGGCAAAGGGGAAGUGAAAUAUUGAAGAUGAGGAAAAGUUGCAUCGAAAACCGUAAAUACCUGAAUGUAGUUACUUAACUUUUGUCCUAGGGCUAAUGUGGUAUGUUUUGGGCUCAGUCCCUGGCUCGGUGCCAGAAAUGGAAAAGGCUUUUUCAUUGCAAUGUCUGGUUCCUCUUACCCGCCCUGUACCCUUUAAAGCAGGCACUCGUCGACUGUCUAUGCGCAGAGCACAAAUGCCUUUUGUAAAAAUGUUCUCACCCACUAAUGUGUGUCAAACUUGAUUGCUUUCUUUGGGUCUGGAGUUCUAUUUUAAUGCAGUGAAGACACUGUUAUAUAAUGUUUAUAUAUAUUUUAAAAUUUGUGCCAAGAGAGGAGUAUAUUUAAUAAAAAAUUAACUGAC